GAAAGAAAGAACAUACUUUCUUAUUAUACUAUGUUUAUGUAGUCUAUUAUUUAGGCUUUCUCCUGAGUUAUUAAUAUUUAGGUUUUCUCCUCACGAGGUAAAACCCAAAUAUAUAAUCCUGUGAGCGCAUGACGUCCCAACCUUUGUUUCUGGGUAAUAUCUGAGAGGAAAAGACACACCCAGCACACUCCCCCUCGAUCCCCAGACCGGGAGACCUGGGAAAGCCGAUUCUCUGCUGGUGAGGAGGCAGCUCCAUAUAUCCGUCCGCUGGGACAGUGUCUUGAGUUCGGACAAGGGAAGCCUACAUCUCUUGUGGCAGCGCACUGUUACCGUCCCACUGCUGGUGCCGGAGGAUGCUCUUUUUUCUACGACAAAUCCGCACUGGUACUUUACAUUGACUGGGAAAUCCCGUAAUGGAUUAAAAGCAAGCCUGGCUCGCCCACCAUGAGUGCUGUUGCUGAAAUUAAGAAACCACCGGUUGCCCCAAAACCCAAAAAUGUAUUGGGGCAGAGGCACAGCCCACCACCAGUUGCACCAAAGCCAGAUCUAGAUCUGUCUAACACUGUACAAGCUCCUAAGAAAUCAAAACCGACAAUAGCACCAAAGCCCCAAGUUGUGAAAGGAUCCUCUGUGCAAGAAGACAUACCCCAGUGGACAGGAAAAUCAUACAUUAAAAGCCUAGAUGCCUGUAAGGGAAGCUGUUCAGAAAGUGUGAAAUGCAAAAAGAAAAUAAAAGAUAAUGAAAGUUCUACAUAUAUAAUAUCAACCUGUUCUUCCACUUGUGAUUGCACUCAUAAGCCUCCAAAUGGGGAAUAUUUGCCUAAAACACAAAAAGUAAUUGAUAGAAUUGAAAAUUUGGAAAAUAGAAAAAUGUGUGAGCAACCAGUUCCAUGCACUAGACCAAGAAGAAAACCAUGCAACCCACCAUCAAAGUUUACAAAAACAAACCAAGUGCUACUUAAGAGUGGGGUGGAAAUAGGUAAAGUGAAAGAUGUUAUGUCUCACAAUGCCUUUCCUAAUGGACAUGCAUAUCAACAAAAGAAUGGUGACACUUCUGAGGUCAGUCAAUGUGAAAACUCUGCUUCUAACCCUGAGUUAUGGGUAAAUCAUGUGGAUUGUCAUAACCAAUCAGAAACUGAUAGUUCCUCCAGACCUACUCAGGGUGUUUCACCUUUUUGUCCAUAUUCAAACGAAAUCGAAAAUAAACACAGUAAUGGUUAUUUACUUGUUAAUGAGCCGUCUACUGCAGAAAAUGGUAGAACACCCCUGGCAAGAGCACUCCCUCCACAAAAAGUACUCCCUGUUCCUAAACCAAGGAAGUCACGGACACCAUGUUUAGUACGGCAGGAUUGUAUUGAGAGCAGCUCAGACUUAACAGAGGACUCUGUUUCCCUAUCUAUAAACUCAGAAGGACUAUUUGAAUGUAGGUUGAAAGACACUGAACGACCUAGAACACCACAUGACCUUCCUAAUAAAUGCAAAGAAAGAAUUCUUCCAGACCCAGUGUGUGAAAAUCUUAUUGCAUCUAAGUCAGUCAAAUGCAGUACAAUUGAAAAUGGUACUUUUGCUGAACCUUCAGAUGUUUUGUUAUCAAAGUCAAAUAAAGAAACAAGGCUACCAUUAAAUGAGGAAAAUAGUAACUUUGUACGGUGCAGCUCCCUAUCAAUGAGUUUACCAAAACAGCUGAAGUUGAUUUAUGAAAAGCAACCACCUGUAAAAAAGAGUUCUGAUGACACUACUGAAAAAUUAAGUACCAAUAAUGAGCUGUCAGAAAAUUCACCAAGGAUAGUUCCAAAGAAGCCACAAAGGCAUAGCGUGCCUGCAUCCGGUCUGCUAAAAAAAGCUGCUUCUGAAGAAAGACUUAAUCAGUCUUGUGAUAAGUUGAUUUCACAAGCUAAUGACUCUGUAAGAGAGCAGGAUGCAUCAUCAUGUAGUGUUCCAAAGCAGACCUCAGAAAAACCAGCAUGGAAGUUGCCUCACCCCAUUUUACCAUUUUUAGGAAGUCCAGAAUCAUUAAAGGUUUCUUCAAGCUGUGACAUGGAUGUUAAUACAGUCACCAAGUCUAGGGCUAAAUCUUUGUCUUCUGUUGAUAUGGAAAGAAUAGAAAGAACAAAAAAAGAAAGCCCCAAAAAAGGCCCAUUACGGAAGCUGCUUAACAUGAAGUUGUCAGUUUGCGGUAUAAAGAGUGACUUUCAGAAAUUUCUUUGUAGAGGUAGCCAGUCCCCAGAGAAUACUAUAAAUAAUGGACAUUGUUCUACAGAAAGCUCAACAUUUCUCGACUUGAGUAACAAGUCAAGACCAACAAAGGCACAUUCUGCUGAUUCUUGCAGUCCUUUCUGCCAGAAGAAAAGAAAGAGACAUAGAAGCGAGGGCAAUAUUGUAAAAAAACAUACUUCUUUGUCUUUAGAAGAAGAUAUUGCUUUAACACUGAAGCCACAAGUAACAUCUUCAAAUUAUUUAUCAAGUGAUGGUCUUCCAGAUUAUGAAAAUGUCCGUCACUAUGAAGAAAUCCCAGAAUAUGAAAAUUUACCAUAUGCUCUGGUAUUCGAUAAAAGUGAAUGUGAACCAGCUAUUUAUGAAGUAGAGGACCCAAACCAACCCACUAUUUAUCCAUUGCACAAAAAUGCAUUCCCAAGUGAUCCUCUACCAAGCUUUGCUGAUGAUGAUAUGGGCAUUAUUCAUUCUGAUGAAGAAGAGAUUAUUAACAGUUCAGAUGAAGAGGACUUCAGCUCAGAUUCCAGCAGAGCAGAUAUUGACCAUCCAGAAUAUAAACAGAAGAACAAAGCUGCACAUAAGACCAAAACAUAUCACAUUGCCAAGGAGAUCAUGAGCUCAGAGAAAGUGUUUGUUGAUGCCCUUAAGCUAUUGCAUAUUGAUUUCCGUUAUGCUGUGGCUCAGGCCUCAAGGCAUUUUGGGAAGCCAGUUAUUGAGGAGAAGAUUCUGAAUAAGAUCCUGUACUAUCUUCCUCAGCUGUAUGAGCUCAACAGGGAUGUGCUGAGAGAGCUUGAGGAACGGAUGUCCCAGUGGACUGAGCAACAGAAAAUUGCUGAUAUCUUUGUAAUAAAAGGCCCUUACCUAAAAAUGUACUCCACUUAUAUUCGAGAAUUUGAUAGGAAUAUAAGUUUGUUGGAUGAUCAGUGCAAAAAGAACCCGGGAUUUGCGGAAGUUGUGAGAUAUUUUGAGGUGAGCCCUCGCUGUGCUAACCUAGCUUUGAAACAUUAUUUACUCAAACCAGUACAAAGGAUUCCUCAGUACAGGUUACUCUUAACAGAUUAUCUUAAAAACCUUUCAGAAGACUCAUCAGACUAUAAUGAUACACUAGCUGCCCUCACAAUUGUAACAGAAGUGGCUAACCAUGCAAAUGACAUCUUAAAGCAAGGGGACAAUUUCCAGAAGCUCAUACAGAUCCAGUACAGCUUAAACGGCCAUCAUGAGAUUGUGCAGCCAGGAAGGGUCUUUCUGAAGGAGGGAACCUUGAUGAAACUCUCCAGGAAGGUUAUGCAACCUCGUAUGUUUUACCUGUUCACUGAUGCUUUGUUAUACACCACACCUGUGCAAUCAGGAACUUACAAACUAAACAACAUGCUCUCACUGGCUGGGAUGAAGGUUAGGAAACCAACGCAAGAGGCUUAUCAAAAUGAACUGAACAUAGAGAGUGUGGAAAGGUCCUUUAUUCUAUCAGCUAGUUCUGCUUCUGAGAGAGAUGAUUGGCUUGAAGCCAUUUCUCUGGCAAUUGAAGAAUAUGCCAAGAAGAAAAUAACCUUCAAUCCAACCAAGAGUCUGGAAGAGGCUGACCCUGGGGAAAAGGCAGAUUGCACUCUGGGGUCGAAAGCACCAAUUUGGAUCCCUGAUGGUAGAGUUACCAUGUGUAUGAUUUGCACUAGUGAAUUUACAUUGACUUGGAGAAGACAUCACUGCAGAGCAUGUGGAAAGAUCAUCUGUCAGGCCUGUUCAACAAACAAGCAUAGUCUAGAAUAUCUAAAAAACCAUUUAGCUCGGGUGUGUGACCGCUGCUUCCAAGUGCUGCAGAAGCAAGAAAGUCUGUCAACUCCGAAGACUGGGUCCCCUGUAAACCACAAGUCCCCAUCGAAUGCUUUGUCUACAGUUCUCCACAGCAUUCCAUCUGGCAGAAAACAGAAAAAGAUUCCAGCAGCCUUAAAAGUAUCAGCCAGCACAGAAGAUUCUUCCAUGAGCGGCUACCUGCAGAGAUCCAAAGCCAGCAAAAAGCAAUGGAAACAGCUGUGGUUUGUGAUAAAAAACAAAGUUCUGUACACGUAUGCUGCAAGUGAGGACAUAGCAGCUCUGGAGAGCCAGCCGUUGCUAGGAUUCACAGUUAAGGAAGUAACGGAGGACAUUACUGAAUCCACGGUCAUUCAUUUACUGCACAAAAACAUUUUAUUUUACAUCUUUAAAGCUGAUGAUACUCACACAACACAAAGGUGGAUAGAAGCAUUUCAGGAUGGAACGGUGUUAUAAUGAGUUUUUUUUACAUGGAAAGAAGAAAUGUAUCCUGUGCUGCGACAUUCCCCAGCUGGCUGUAAUUUCAUUGCUUCAUCCGAUGUUUUAUACUUAUUUGUUAGUAUGUAAAUUAGGGUAAAACUUGAUAUUUUUAUGCCAAGUUCUCUAAAUGUUAUUUAUUGAAACACAAUGUUUGAUCUGCCAAAAUGAUUCCCUGUAGCUCUUAACAUUACAGUACCUUUGACUGUUUUUAGACAUUAGUUUAAUAUAUUCUUUACCUUCAAAAUA